AUGAUAAAAGAUAAUAUUAAGAAAAAAAAGAAUAAUAAAAAAUUAAAAAAAAUAUCUAAUGCACCUAAAAAGAUAGAUCCGUCAGCUCAAAAAUUAUUAAAUAAAAAAAAAAAUGAUCAACCAGCUACUAUUUUAAGAUGGAUACAGUUGUUAAGAAAUUUAAAAUUAAAACAACUUAAAAAGAAUAUUGAUGAAGAAAUUAGCAAUUAUGAAAUAAAUAAAAAUAUUAAUGAUAAAUUAUUAUUGUUUUUAAAUGAUGACUUAGAAGAAAAUAAAAUUUUAGAAAAAAUAGAUGAAUUAAAAAAUAGUAAACUAAGUUUAUUAGUGGAUAUACAUAAAGAAAACAUGAAUAAUUUACAAAAAAAAUUUGAAGAAGAAAUAUAUAGAAUGUUUAGUGAUUUUGAGAAAGAUCAAAAAAUUUUAUUAGAAAAUAGAAAUAGUAUAAUUCAUAAUAUAAAUUUAUUUUAUAAGCAAAUUGAAGAGGAGCAAAAACUGAGAAAAAAAAAUUUAGAAAAAGAAGAACUUGACAUAAUGGAUGAAAUUUAUAAAAAUUAUAUAGCUGAGAGAUAUAUAUCAAAUUAUAAAUUUGAGAAAUUUAAAGAGGAAGAUGUAAAAAAUUUUAAUGAUACAUUUUUAGAAAAUAAAAAAAUUUUAAAUGAAGAAAGUGAAAAUUUCAAUUCUAUAAAAAUGAAAUAUGAGAAAAAUAAAAAAUCUUUAUUAUCUAAAGAGAAAGAAGUUAAUGAUUUAGAAUUAAAAAUUAACAGUUGGAAAAUAAAAUUGGAGAAUGAAAUUAAAAUAUAUGAAAUGCAAAUAGAAAGAUUAAAAAAUGAAAAAACUCAACUCCUAAAUCAUAUAAGGGCAAUAAAAUUGAUACUACAAAAAUUAAAACAUAAUGAUAAGCAAAGAUUAAUUGAUAUAUCUGUAAAUUCAAGUAACUGUAUAAACAAAUUAGAAGAAAAUAUUUCUCUUGCAAAUAAACUAAUAAAUCUGAAUAACUUAUGUAGGAAGUAUGAAACAGAAAGAGAAAAACAUUUUUCAAGUCUCGGUUCAAUUAAUGAAAAAAAAGAGGAUAUUAUUAUUGAAAAUGAAAAUGAAUAUUUCAUAAACAUGAAAGACAAAAAUGAAGAUAGUGCUUACCUCCUUGAAAACUUUUUUAAAAGGAAAAAUAAAGCAAUUUUAGAUGUAAUUAUUUUAAAGAAAGAAUUAAAAUCAUUAAAAAAGAAAAAUAAAGAAUACUAUAAAAUUAUAGAAGAAUUAGAAGAUAAAUUAAAUUUAAAAAAAAAAGUUAAGAUUAAAAGUGAUGAAUUUGUUAUAAGGGCUUCAUAG